UAGCAAGCGCGGAAUAUCCCAAUUCGGCAGUAGGGGAGAGAGCGGAAACCAACUAGUUUGAGAGUCCCUCUUUUGUGAGCAGCAUAGUUUAAACUACAGUGUGUGUAAGACAGAGUUAAUUCAAUAACACAGAGCCGAAAUACGCGUCUCGCGCGCGCACGUAUCCUCUCCCCGCCAGUUGGACGUCAGGUGAAGCGUCGCGUCACUGAGCGGAGCCGUCAUAAAUUCUAACUUUUAAUAAUCCAACACCUCUUUUGGAACAAGGGAAGAAUCUUUAGGUGGGGAAAAACAAAUAAAGAAAGAAAAACUAAAGGUAUGGCAGCGACUUUACCCAGAACCCUUGGGGAGUUGCAGCUCUACCGCAUCCUUCAGAGAGCCAACCUGCUCUGCUACUACGACGCAUUCAUUCAGCAGGGUGGCGAUGAUGUUCAACAGCUCUGCGAGGCUGGCGAGGAUGAGUUUCUUGAGAUCAUGGCACUCGUGGGCAUGGCUAGCAAACCACUGCACGUCAGACGCCUACAGAAAGCUCUGCGCGACUGGGUCACAAACCCCGCCCUUUUCAAUCAACCUCUCACUUCCCUGCCCGUCUGCAGUAUCCCAGUCUACAAGCUGCCUGAGGGGUCACCUACAUUGUUGCCAGGUAAUGGUGCCCGGGGUGAUACCCAAGUGAAAGUGCCCAAGUGUUUGGCAGCUGCUUGUGUGGACCCAGGAAAGGGAGAGCCAGGCAAUGGGAGUUCUUCGGCUACUGUUUCACCCCUCCAAAGUGGCAGCGAGCCACGGUUUUGGGCCAGUCAUGGUACGGAGAGCGAGCACAGUCUAUCCCCGGCAGAACUGGGCUCCCCGUCUUCCCCUCGAGAUGGGCUUGAGGCACUUGAUGCGGCCGCUGUUCAGUCUGUGGCAGAGUGCGUAGAAAGAAUUGCACAGACUUUGCCCAAAAGUGACCCAGGAGAGGUUAAAGAACAAUUAAAGGGCAAUAAAAAGCUAGCCAAAAUGAUCAGUCACAUCUUUGAUUUAAGUGAAGAGGAUCCCCACAGAGAGGAGGAAAUCCGCAAGUUUAGUGCCAUAUAUGGCAGAUUCGACUCUAAGAGAAAAGAUGGAAAGCAUCUGACUCUGCAUGAGCUGACAGUAAAUGAGGCCGCAGCUCAGCUUUGCAUGAAGGAGGUGGCAUUGCUGACUCGCAGAGAUGAGCUUUUUGGACUGGCACGUCAGGUUUCCAGAGAGGUCACCUAUAAAUACACUUACAGAACCAGCAAAUCACGAUGUGGCGAGAGAGACGAGUCCUCCCCUAAGAGAAUCAAAACUGAGGAGGGCUGUUUUGACCUCCAGGAGGCGCUACAGGCCAUUCACAUGCGCCAGGAGACCCUUAAGGAGCAGCUAGCCCACGCCAGGUCCAAGGGUGAAGAGACAGUUGGGCGGAACAUCCAGAUUCAGCUGGAGCGUCUGUUGGCAAAGCAGAUGGAGAUACUGCAUGACGCUGCAGCACAGGACAGACUGCAGGCUCUAGAGUGGAGGGUCCCACCAGGUCCGUACAAACACAAUGCGGACAGGCAAAAGAGCAAUGGGGUUUCCACAGACAAAAGUGCUGAACAUGGAGAGAGACCGCUGAAUUUAAGGGUGACUAGCCAGAGAACAUGUACAUCAGAGGGGGAGACGCCUCUUGGAAAGCAGCUGGCCAAUGAGUUGAAGAGGCACCACCAAGCUAAUACAGAAAGCAAGACAUCAGCAGCCACAGAAAAUGGAGCUGACAAAUCUUCACGAGCCCUCAACCUUUCCGAGAAGAAGAUCAUCAAAUCAGAGCCGGAGGAUUCCAGAUAGCAGUCCGGAAUUCUUUUUUGUUUUGCAACCUAUAACAAUUUACGUCCUCUGUCAGUGAAUACUAAACAAGCACAACUACAGUAGAGCCUUAACAACCAAUGUUGCCUCAAAAAUAGUUUAUUUUAGUUUCUCUCCAUUUUUGUUUUUGCCAAAGCACCUAGAGCCCUUAUUUCCAUUCUCUUGAGUAGAUUUACUCUGUUUGUGCUGUCACUGACUCUACUCACAUGUUUUUUCUGUUCAUGAUUUCUAUCUCCAGUUGGUGUGGACCACGAUGUCCGGUAUUUGUACAUAUAUUUGUUCAUACAAAGAAAAUGUCUGUUUGAAAAUGAUGUUAUUUAAAUACAGUAUGUGUUGUAUGUAUAUAUGAAUGCAUGUAAAAUCAGAGAAGGGACGCAGUGUUGUUGUCUUAAAACGUUCAGUACGCAGCUGUUUAUUGUCACCUAUUUAAGUGAGCCUUCUGAAUUGAUUUUCUCGUUAAAGGAGAAUAGCUAGUUGACUUUUCCUCUGUCAGGGUUUCUGAUAGCAAUGCUAAUGAAUCUGAAUUUCAAAGUAUACUAUGGUGCUAUGGUUGUAUUUAAUUACUCACAGAGAGAAACUGUGGUACUAACACAUUGCUAUUUAAACACUGAAAUCUUUGAACACACAAAACAAUAUAAUUUUCUUAAUCAGUAUUUUUGUCUUUUUUUCUGUAAAAAGAAGCUAAAUUGUGUUAAGAUAAUAAGACUUGUUAUUUUCCUUGUUUAAAGCUUAGACCUUGUGCUUAAAACAAGAAAAAACUAUAUGCAAGAAAGAAAAAUAAGUCUUAAUAUUUAAUGCACAUUUUCUCAAGUAUGUUUAAGGAUGUUUAAUUAUUUUUACUGGAAAACAAGAACAAAAUACUGAAAUAUACAAUUAUGAUGAACCAGAUAUUUGGUUUCCUUGUUAUCUUAAGUAGUAAUGCUUGAUUUAUUCCUAAUGUAAGAUAUUAAGCACAGUUAAUAUAUUUCAUCGUACUCUCUACAUUCUUAUGAGUGAAACCAACAAAAUACUAAAAUUGUAAAGCAUGUCUGUGAAAUAACAAUUCCAUUCCUUAACAUUAGUAAAAAUAGUAGUGUAAAUAGGUUCAAAUGACUGGAUUUGAGAACAAGACACCAUUUCUGUCUUUAUCAUAAUCACGUAAUCUAUUGUAAUUCUGAAUAUUUAGUAGUAGAGCAAUACCGGGUAGCUGUUGUCAUUCAACUCAGUGAAAGUGUCUAGGUGUCCCAAUCUCAGAGGACAUUCACUGUACAGUAUUUCUACUCUGUUUAUUAGUGUAGCUAACGUGCAAAUGUAUGUGAAACUGAUAUGCACUAGUGUUUUAUUCUAAAGGCAUUUUUAGAAUUUGCAUCCUUUUGCGCAACAUUUCUCGUGUUUCUCAAUGGUGAUACAUGUUUUUGUAGGACUCGUACAGUGAUAUCUGCCUAUCAUUGGUUUGGCCUUGAUUCUCACUCUGUGUGUAGUUUUAGAGUACCACGUAUGGUGACAUAGACACAAGAUAAUCAGGUUUUCACAGUUAUAUGUCUGUAAUGUACCGGUCAAGCUGUUAUAAAUAAUCUGUAUGCGUUGAUGACAAAUACCUCUUUCUAUCUAUUUAACAUCCUGAUCAUACACUUCAGUAUUUUGAGGGAAUAUGUGGAGUUGUUGUAUUUGGUUUUUAUUUUUUUAGGAUUACUUUCAGAGACUAAAGAGACCUUAAGUAUGCAAAAUCUUUCUUAAUUUAAGUGCCAUUUUAAACCUGUUUCUGAAAUUGUGGUUGGCAUGUGAUACAUGUGGUGAUAUAUUGGAGGAUUACAUUGCAAAUGCUAAAGUCAAGCAUUAUUAUGGUAGAUUAUAUUACAUUUCUGAUGAUUGUGUUAAGAUUUAUCUGCAUUUUCAACAUUUUGCCUUAGUUAAAGCAUUCCACAUUAAGAUGUUCACUUAACGGAGUGCUGUUUCGCUGGACGUUUAUUAUGGAUGUUUGUUUUAGGUGGAAUGGACAAUGAGAAUUGGAAGUUGCAUGACAAUUGAGAGUUCAAGGGAUAAUUCACCCAAAAAUGAAAAGUUUGCCAUAAUUUAGUCACCCUUAUGUCCUUGUGGCAGUCUGUUUAAUAUCUCCUUUUAUGUUCCGUGCAAGAAAGCGAGUUAUACGUGUGAGUAAACAAUGACUGAAUUUUCAUUUUUUGGGUGCUAAACCUUGGCAAUAUUAAGUUCUAUGAAAAAUCGAACAAAUUUGAUUGUUAAAAAAACUUUGCUCAGUUUCACAAAGAAGAAAGCUCAUAUCUGAUUGGACCUCACUGAUAACAACAUUAUAAUGACCUAUAUAGCAAGACAUAUCUGGACGCCUACCUUUGUUCUUUGCUUGUUACUGUCUCUAAACACUCACAGAAAAUGAUCAGUCUUUCUCUUAUCUUUGUAUUGCUUUGUAAAAUAGACUUAUGCAUCUUGGACUGUGGGAUGAAACUGUGUUGUCAGUAGAACUUAUUCUCAUCACCUUUGAGUAGAGAGUACAUUAGCAUAUGCAUACAGUAGUCCCGCACAUAUUGUUUUGUACACUAAUAUAUUUAAUUUGUUAUACAGCACAUGAA